AUGGGCGACACGGGCUCUGCAGCGGCGGUCUCGGCCAAUGAAGAUCCGCCUGUAGCGCGCGUUUCGGCGUCAGGAGCGCCGUUGUUAGCGCCUCGCGUGCCGCCCUUCCCGGCUGUGCGAGCGCGAAUCACCCACGUGAUAUUUGACCUAGACGGCACGCUUAUUGACUCUGAGAGAGUGGUGACGGAGGUGUCAAGGCAAGUGGUGGAGGGGCAUGGCAAGGCGUGGACGGGGGAGGGCGCGGAGCAGUGCGUGGGGAGGCUGCCUAUCGAAGGGGCGAGGGCGCUGGUGCAGCUGUAUGGACUGCCUUGCUCCCCUGAGGAGUUUCUGCAGGCGCUACUAGAGCAGCUUCAAGGCAGGUGGGCGUUUUUCCAUCCCCAUGAUCAUCCUCCUUCACCUCUCCCACUAAUCCCCCCUCUCUUUUCUCCUCCCCUACCUACUCUCCACCCGCUCUUCCCUAUUCUCCCCCCUCUUUCCCCCUCCCCUCCCCCCACGCCCCUCUCCACUACCCCCCUCCUUUCUCCUCCCUACUCUCCUCCCGCUCUUCCCCUCUCUCUCCCCAUCCCCCGCCCCCGUUCCCCUCCCCACUUCCCUUCCCUUCCCACUCCCCUUUCCCACAAUGAUUGA